AUGGCUUACAAACCCAGGAGCUUUUUGCCGCAAGCCCCCAAUUUAUUGUACAAUUUACUACUUCUCCACAUCGGCCUUGUAUCAGUGAUUGACGAAGGCUUGUUAAAUUUCUCAAAGCUAGAGGAACUUAUCCUGAGUGCCAACCUAAUCUCAGAAGUUUCUCCAGAGAACCUUCCCAGAACACUGAAGAUUUUGGAGUUAUGUGCAAAUAGGUUGUCUUCUUUGAGCAGCCUCACAUACUGCCCGCCUCCUCAGCUAAAACACCUUGGCCUUGCAUCAAACAGUCUUGGUUCCCAUGAAGACAUCUUUCCUUUUACAGGAAGAACUCUCCCAUCCCUCAAGUCUCUUAUGCUAAAGGGAAAUCCCUUUGCACUGGCACCAGCAUAUCCAGUGUUUAAAGUGGGCAGCUUACCACAGCUGUGUUGCUUAGACUCUUCGUUCAUCUCCUAUGAGGAGAGGUGUCUUUUCUGCGGUUUGGCCAAAAUGAACAAUCUGAUAAAGGACAUUGCGUGAGUAACAGUGAGUCUGAGCAGUUUGAGGGGAAUACCAAACCCCCAGAUGUUUGUGGAUAAAAAGGUUCCUGACUUUCCAGUUAUAACCUACACAUAAUUCAUCUUAGAGUUCCUUAGUUGUCCUAAAUCUGAUAACAAGGGAAGUGAGAGUGAAUCUAACCUGGCGUCUCAUUUAACAGAGACCACCUGCUCUGACCGACAAUCAUACAGAGACUUGCCACAAUGCAGAACAUCGGCACUGAGAUGGUCAAAAUGCGUGGACUUAGGUUACAUUCUAUCCAGAUCACUGGGUCACCUGAAGAAAUUUUUGAAACAAGGACUUAAUCUAAACCUAGAGGAGGAAAAGGUCAAAUCAGCUUUCAAUAAAGGCAAACCUAAAGACAUAAAGAACAGAUGUCCAAUAGAACCGGUCCAAGAUCCACCUAUCAGAGGAGUGUUGGCCUCUGCACACAUCCCACUGCAAAGCCUGCUUAAUGGGAAUCAGACAGUCACUGCUGUCUGUGACUUUGGUCCCCUACCUGUACACUCUGAGAAAACACAGAAGAUAAACCAGAGAAACCCACCUGAACCAGUCCAGCAAGAACCAGCAACUGUGGAGCUUAGUGUGGAGCUGGAGAAAUGGAAAACAGCAUCUGAAGCUCAUCGUCACAAAUAUAAAUAA